UGGAAGGGCUCAUACUGGGUCCUGGAGAGGCCACUACCAAAGCUGGCGUUCUUCUUUUAGGCUAGGUUGCCCUUCAGCAAAACAAACUCUCCUAGUACUGAUGUCCCCCCCCCCCUCCGGUCUGGGGAGAGGGCUUACAGAUAAUGGAGCUGAGAACCGGGUCGCUGGUUGAGAAAUCAGUCGCUGAACCACUUGUGCUCAAAGUCGUGGGCCUGGGAUCAGGCGGUGCUUGUGACACAAUUAGAUCCUUAAACCCUUGCGGGCAGCUGGCAGUUCCCUUCCUUGCAGUUUCUCUGUGGAGCCUUCCCUUGUGGAGUAAGGACGAUUUGAGUGCUGGGCGAGCGUCUGACUAACUGUACAGUCUAGCAAGGCCCGGUAACCCAGUCUAGGUGGUUGUAGCAGUGAUGGGAUGGGAUGGUGCGUCGCGGCAGGGGAGGUGGUCUCUCUGUUUGAGGUGGAGAGAGCCUUGUAUUUGACUUUUUGAGGCGGGCCUGGGGGGGGGAGACCUCGCAUCUCUGAGGACCGAAAGGAUUAUUUACAGGGUGCUCACCAACCAAAUACAACAGUCUAAUUUAACCUUUCCAAGUCGUCAUAAAUUUUUACAGGGAGCCGCAGUGAGGCAAAAGAAUCUGUUGGUUGUUCCUGACUUCCCACCAGCCUGCGUGGCUUCCGAAACAAUAACUCCUUAUGAAAUAUCAUAAAUAUAGAUUUAAAUACAGUAGAGUGAGAAUGCGAUUUGGCUGCUUUUUUAUGGCUUCAAUUAUUGUCUAAUUUUAUGUGAGGGGCUCUGCUGGCCGCACUCGCACGCGGGACCCGCGCCUUCCUGAUGGCGUGAUUAAUUGUGAUAUAAAAUAGUCCGCUUAAGAAGUGUGUGUGCCUGGUGUGUGUGUGUCUGUGUGUGUAGAGGGGGGUGACAAGGGACAGUACAGAGGCAAGGCCAGAUUUGAUCUUUUAAUCUUCGUUGGCCACAAUUAAAACAAACCAGAUUGUGCAGCGGCGCGAUCCCUUUGCAUAAAAACAUAUGGCUUUUGCUAUAAAAAUUAUGACUGCAAAACACCGGGCCAUUAAUAGCGUGCGGAGUGAUUUACGCGUUAUUGUUCUGCCGGGCGGACACGUGACGCGCGUGGCCAAUGGGGGCGCGGGCGCCGGCAACUUAUUAGGUGACUGUACUUCACCCCCCCCCUUGGUGCCACCAAGUUGUUACAUGAAAUCUGCAGUUUCAUAAUUUCGGCGGGUCGGGUUGGGCCGGUCAGGCGCGGGCUACAGCGAUGGCCACCACCGGGGCCCUGGGCAACUACUAUGUGGACUCCUUCCUACUGGGCGCCGACGCUGCUGACGAGCUGGGCGCCGGACGCUACGCUCCAGGGGCCCUGAGCCAACCCCCAAGGCAGGCGGCAGCACUGGCCGAACACCCCGACUUUAGCCCUUGCAGCUUCCAAUCCAAGGCAGCGGUGUUCGGUGCCUCGUGGAACCCGGUGCACGCGGCGGGCGCUAAUGCGGUGCCUGCCGCUGUGUAUCACCACCACCACCACCCCUACGUGCACCCCCAGGCGCCCGUGGCCGCGGCGGCGCCGGACGGCAGGUACAUGCGCUCCUGGCUGGAGCCCACGCCCGGUGCGCUCUCCUUCGCGGGCUUGUCCUCCAGCCGGCCUUAUGGCAUUAAACCUGAACCGCUGUCGGCCAGAAGGGGUGACUGUCCCACGCUUGACACUCACACUUUGUCCCUGACUGACUAUGCUUGUGGUUCUCCUCCAGUUGAUAGAGAAAAACAACCCAGCGAAGGCGCCUUCUCCGAAAACAAUGCCGAGAAUGAGAGCGGCGGAGACAAGCCCCCCAUCGAUCCCAAUAACCCGGCCGCCAACUGGCUUCAUGCUCGCUCCACACGGAAGAAGCGGUGCCCGUAUACAAAGCAUCAGACGCUGGAACUGGAGAAAGAGUUUCUGUUCAACAUGUAUCUCACGAGGGACCGCAGGUACGAGGUGGCCCGGCUGCUCAACCUCACCGAAAGGCAGGUGAAGAUCUGGUUCCAGAACCGCAGGAUGAAAAUGAAGAAGAUCAACAAGGACCGAGCAAAAGACGAAUGAGCCAUUGGGGCUCAUUUAGGAAAGAGCAAGCUAGAAAGAAAAAGAAAGGACUGUCUGUUCCCUUCUCCCUCCUCUCCUUACAUCCCAGCCUCCACCACCCGCUCAAAGCGGCUCUAUACCCCAGGCCUCAUCUCCCCCUGGCAGUCCCUGCUCAGUCUGGCUCCUAGGCCUGCGGCUUUAUUGGAGGAGGUAUUGUAAGCUUUCCAUUUUCUCUAAGACACACACACAAGGGAGGGCAUUAGCUCUGAUGACUGUACUGCUAGCUUGUAUAUAUAUUUAAAAAAAAAUCUACCUGCUUCUGACUUAGAGCAAAAGGAGAAAAAAAAACUACCUUUUUUAUAUAAAAUGCACAACUGUUGACGGGCUGUAUAGUUUUUAGUCUCUGUAGUUAAUUUAAUUUGCUCUUCGUGUGGCAGGCCGCACUGCCAAAAUACUUGAACACUGUGUUUUACUGUGGUAAUUAUGUUUUGUGACCCAAACUUCUGUGCUGGGUGAGGCACCCAUUGUGAUCGUGGAAGCUAGAAUUCGAUUUGAACUCAGGUUGUUUAGGGGGGAGAGAAACAGUUGCAUCGCGUAUAGCUCUGUAGUGGGAUACUGUGUAACUAACCGUACGCUAGCUGUAAGGAUUUCCCAGGGAAAUCAGAUUCCGAAAGAGAAGGCAGGUAUACGCAUAGACUCACCAUUACUCAAAUCCUUUUGAAAUGUGGGCAUCUUCAUCUUUACAUGUUCUAGACUCCAGUCUUGUCCAGUGUAUAUAGAAUCUCCAUAUUAAAGAGAUGUGCAUCAUCAGACAAGCUUGAAUAUUGUUUUCGCACCAGAGGAGAAAUAAGGAAUUUCGGAGCUAUACAUGUGUGCAGAGGGUUACUACCUAUGGUUUACGCUUAAUUUUAAUUGGGGGGAAAAUGAGUGCUUAUUGUGAUGGAGUUAAUUUUAUUGAUAAUAAAUUAUACACCAUGAAACCGCCAUUAGGCUACUGUAGAUUUGUAUCCUUGAUGAAUUUGGGAUUUCCGUCUGACUGAACAUACACUGUAUAUUUUGCAAUAGUUACCUCAAGGCCUACUGACCAAAUUGUUGUGUUGAGAUAUUUAACUUUUGCCAAAUAAAAUAUAUUGAUUCUUUUA